ACAAAUUUCAGCGUCGAACUCGGAGCUUUCCAACAGCCCUCGACAGGACAUCGCUGGAGGAUUAGAUAGAAACUCUGUCAACACUUCCCAAACACUUUCUCAGGAAGGCACAGUCGGAAGACAGAGAAGCACAUUGAUCGAAGCUGAUCAAAUCACCCCCCAAAAGGUAAGAAAGAAAAAAAAAAAAAAAACUCGCGACGAGCCAGAGAAAACACUGGCCGUCCUCUUUCGAGCUUUUCCAUGAUGAGAUUCUUUUUAUUGGAGCUGUCUAAAUUCCCCAUGUUGAGACACUUUAUUACCUUAUACGCUUUGUCUGAAAAAAUCACGCUCAAACCUCUUUAAUGCCUUCGAGCAUCUAAAAACAUGGUGUUCUGAAUAUUUGGCUAAUUCGGAAACAUAGAUCAGAUUUCUUGACCACGACUGGAAGCGACGACCACCGGCGAUUCGACUUUUUCCUCUCUCGCUGACCGACCCGCUGGUUUUUUUUUUGCCCCCCUCUCCUUGCUGACCUAAACAUUUUUCUGCUUGUUCCCGCCAUUGGUGACCUUUUUGACGGCCCCACGCUCUUCCCAUAAUCAUCCAUCCAUUCUGACUGCUCCCCGUCGUCGCGCGCCGGCUGAUAUCCACUUUCUACCUUCGUGGAGCUCCCGCGCAGUGCCUCCAUACAAUACCAUACUCCGUGCCGUACCUAUCGAGCUUGCUUGUCUGCCCCACCCAACAUCGUCACUUAGCAUCGCCAUACACGAAUAAAAAAAACCAUUGGAUCAAUCACCACGAAGUCAUGGAGGUCGCAAAUGGCACCGGCGGCGCCGCAGCCGCAACAGCUGGCGCAAACUCGACGGCACCUCCCGCGAACGGCGGCGAUGCUGCUGCUGCUUCUUCAAGCGACUUCAAGCUCAAGUUCUGUACGGUGUGCGCGAGUAACCAAAAUAGAUCAAUGGUCUCCCAUCUCCGCCUCGCCCAAGCAAACUACCCCGUAAUCUCCUUCGGCACAGGCUCUCUCGUCCGCCUCCCAGGCCCCUCGAUCACCCAGCCAAACGUCUACCAAUUCAACAAGACCUCGUACGACUCCAUCUUCAAAGAGCUCGAGUCCAAAGACACGCGCCUCUACCGCGCAAACGGCGUCCUCAACAUGGUCGACCGCAACCGCCACGUUAAGUGGGGGCCCGAACGCUGGCAGGACUGGCAGGUCGGCAUGCCGCGCCUCACCCACGCCGAGGACCGCGGCAGCGUCGGCGUCGAGGGCGGCGUCGUCGACGUCGUCAUCACCUGCGAGGAGCGCUGCUGGGACGCCGUGAUCGACGACCUCAUGAACCGCGGGAGUCCGCUGAACAGGCCCGUUCACGUGAUUAAUGUCGAUAUCAAGGAUAACCACGAGGAGGCCAGCGUCGGCGGGCGCGCGAUUCUGGAUCUGGCGAAUGCUCUGAACGCCGCGGCGACCGAGGAGCGCGAAGCUGUCGGGGCGGCGGCGUUUGAUGGCGGGAGCGCGGCGGGCAGGGCGAGCUUUGAUGAGAGGGUCCCGGAUAUCUUGGCCGCGUGGCAGGAUCGGUGGCCUCACUUGCCUGCUGUGUGGACUCUCGCUUGGUUCUGAGAGAGAGCUGGAAAAGGACGGAAGCUUUCGGUGGCGUGUGUUUCCCUUAUCCGCUUGUGAGUCGUGGGGACCGAGAUGCGUCCCACACUGUUGACUCAACGACUCGAGAUGGCGAAGUGCGGGCGCAAGGAGACGCUACAGUAUCUCACAAAGCUCGUGGCGUUAUUCGCCCGGUACGGAAGGCGUACGGAGGCUCGGAAACACUUCCCGCACGCCGCCGAGAUUCUAUAUGAGAGCGGGCGCGGCUACGCCCAUCAAGAUCACGAUCCCGAUCCCGACGCACAGACGAGAUGUCCAGAAAGUCACGGUUCAAUCUCUGUGAGGAGGUCGCGGUUGCGGCUCUUCAGUAUCGAUCGACGCGGUUUCCCAGGUGGCCUCCUCAUCACACGGCAAAAGGGUGUACCAUGCGAGCCCUGGGCACUUGAGCUCCAAAAUGGAAAGCAGCUCGGGAUAAAGGGAAAAUAGAGCUUGCGAUUCUAUAUAUAAACUAGAUCUGACAUGCCAAUACCCUCAUCAGACGAACAAGGUAUAUGGCAGUCAUUGACGAGUUGGACGUGGGAGCUGCGCAUGUCGUUCUCGCGUUACAACGUGGAACGGAAGCCAUAGCCGAGCUCGAAGAACAGAGGCAGCGGGAGAAUCUUGGAAGAUGCGGCUCCGCUAUCGAAGUUUUAGCCGCGUGAACUCACUUGGCCGUGUUAAAGGUGUGAAUCAUGAGAGAGUGAGACUGGAGCGUCUCCAGACGGGAAGGGAGCUUCAGGUUCUGGAAAAGAUACCCCCAACACACAGACGAACUAUGAAUUAAUGACAACACUUCUCCAAAGACAAGAACAACGAUCCCAGAAUCCUGACCAGGCAGCAAACAAGCCGUGCCGAACUUGCCUUUGCCUUUUAUUGUACUUCUAUUCGCGCAGAGGGCCUGCAGACUGCGACUGGCAGCCCCAAAAGCUCGAGAGUUCAAUCAAACGCCCGCGUGCCGUUGCCGUUGGGCCGUUGUUGGUGUCCCAUUAAGCUAUCGAUGCCGCGUUUCGGAGCUAGCCUUAGUCGAGGCAAGUUUCACGAAGCUUCGAGUUAUCCCGUCAUGGUGGUGUGGGUGUGUGUGCGUGUGUGCUUUCGCUGGAACGUGACCGGGGCUCGAUCCCUCCCAUAUCUUCAAGUUCCAACGGCGGCCCUGCAGCCUUUCCGUGUCUGGGGGGCUGACUAUCCGUAGUUAGUGUGUGUUCGGGAUAUGUGGUGGCCCGGGAGAUCUGUGUGAUUCAAUAGACUACUAUGCCACGGACCGUGAGGUUGCGUUGAACACACGGCCUUCUAGAAGCUUUUCGGUGCGGCCUCCUGGCAAUAACACGCUGCACUAUUGCUAACGCUCAGUGAUAAACCGGACUCUAGUGACCUUCUCAUCGGCUUGCGUCACUACGCGUAGAACAGUAAUCGGAAUAUCCUCCGGCUAGACGGCAGCUUUGGACUGUCGCUGCGGCGCACUGAGUUGCGCGCACAAUGGCAUUGUCAUAACUAGGAUAACUCUGUGCCCCAAACAAAUUUUGUUCUCCGGUGUCACCAGAUUCCAAUCUCCAAGCAGACUUUCCAGGCCUCGUCGUCAUGGGGAACUGGCAAAG